UGCAGACGGUGGCUGGACGGGUGUGAAGGUGGACGCCGGGGGCCUCUCUCUCUCUCUGUCGGUUUCUGUAAUGAGGAAGUUCUCUGCAGCUCAGUUUCCUUUCCCUCACUGAGUGCUUGAAACAGGAAGUUAGUCAGUUAAGCGGGUGGCAGCAACAGAGGCGACUGAGAGGGGACGGUGGCAGGUCUGAGCACAGGGCCCUCGGUCGCCCUCGGUGGUGUGUCGGUCCUGGGGGUGGAGGCCCACACCCGCCAUGGUCCCCACCUGGAACCACGGCAACAUCACCCGCUCCAAGGCGGAGGAGCUGCUCUCCAGGGCGGGCAAGGACGGGAGCUUCCUCGUGCGUGCCAGCGAGUCCAUCCCCCGGGCCUUCGCACUCUGCGUGCUGUAUCGGAACUGUGUUUACACUUACAGAAUUCUGCCCAAUGAAGAUGACAAAUUCACCGUUCAGGCAUCGGAAGGCGUCCCCAUGAGGCUCUUCACCAAGCUGGACCAGCUCAUCGAGUUCUACAGGAAGGAGAACAUGGGCCUGGUGACGCACCUGCAGUACCCAGUGCCCCUGGAGGAGGAGGACGCCGUCGACGACCCGGAGGAGGACACGGAAAGCGUCAUGUCUCCACCCGAAUUGCCACCAAGAAACAUCCCUCUGUCUGGGCCCUGUGAGGCCAAGGAGCUUCCUCCAGCAGCUGAGAAUCCCAGAGCCGCCGAGGUCAGCCGGCCCAGCCUCUCCGAGACGCUGUUCCAGCGGCUGCAGAGCAUGGACACCAGUGGGCUUCCCGAAGAGCAUCUGAAAGCUAUCCAAGACUAUCUGAGCACUCAGCUCACCCUGGACUCUGACUUCGUGAAGACGGGCUCCAGCAGCCUCCCCCACCUGAAGAAACUGACCUCGCUGCUCUGCAAGGAACUCUAUGGCGAAGUGGUCCGGACGCUCCCGUCCCUGGAGUCUCUGCAGAAGUUGUUCGACCAGCAGCUCUCCCCUGGCCUCCGUUCUCGUCCUCAGGUGCCUGGGGAGGCCAAUCCCAUCAACAUGGUGGCCAAGCUCAGCCAACUGACAAGUCUGCUGUCCUCCAUUGAAGACAAGGUCAAGGCCCUGCUGCAUGAGGGUCCCGAGUACACCCACCGGCGUUCCCUCAUCCCUCCAGUCACCUUUGAGGUGAAGUCGGAGUCUCUGGGGAUUUCUCAGAAAAUGCAGCUCAAAGUGGACGUCGAGUCCGGGAAACUGAUCAUUAAGAAGUCCAAGGAUGGCUCUGAGGACAAGUUCUACAGCCACAAGAAAAUCCUGCAGCUCAUCAAGUCACAGAAAUUCCUGAACAAGUUGGUGAUUUUGGUGGAAACAGAGAAGGAGAAGAUCCUGCGGAAGGAAUAUGUUUUUGCUGACUCCAAAAAGAGAGAAGGCUUCUGCCAGCUCCUGCAGCAGAUGAAGAACAAGCACUCGGAGCAGCCGGAGCCCGACAUGAUCACCAUCUUCAUCGGCACCUGGAACAUGGGUAACGCCCCCCCUCCCAAGAAGAUCACGUCCUGGUUUCUCUCCAAGGGGCAGGGAAAGACGCGGGAUGACUCAGCUGACUACAUCCCUCAUGACAUCUACGUGAUCGGCACCCAGGAGGACCCCCUGGGAGAGAAGGAGUGGCUGGAGAUACUCAGACACUCCCUGCAGGAGGUCACCAGCAUGACUUUUAAAACGGUCGCUAUCCACACGCUCUGGAACAUCCGCAUUGUGGUGUUGGCCAAGCCAGAGCACGAGAACCGGAUCAGCCACAUCUGCACUGACAACGUGAAGACUGGCAUCGCGAACACCCUAGGGAACAAGGGAGCCGUUGGGGUGUCAUUCAUGUUCAAUGGAACUUCACUGGGCUUCGUUAAUAGCCACUUGACUUCUGGAAGUGAGAAGAAACUCAGGCGCAACCAAAACUACAUGAACAUUCUCCGGUUCCUGGCCCUGGGGGACAAGAAACUGAGUCCCUUUAACAUCACUCACCGCUUCACCCAUCUCUUCUGGCUCGGGGACCUCAACUACCGCGUGGAGCUACCCACCUGGGAGGCAGAAACCAUCAUCCAGAAAAUCAAGCAGCAGCAGUACGCAGAUCUGCUGUCCCACGACCAGCUGCUCACAGAGAGGAGGGAGCAGAAGGUCUUCCUGCACUUCGAGGAGGAGGAGAUCACGUUCGCGCCCACCUACCGCUUUGAAAGACUGACUCGGGACAAAUACGCGUACACCAAGCAGAAAGCGACAGGGAUGAAGUACAACUUGCCCUCCUGGUGUGACCGAGUCCUCUGGAAGUCUUACCCACUGGUACACGUGGUGUGUCAGUCUUACGGCAGUACCAGCGACAUCAUGACCAGUGAUCACAGCCCUGUCUUUGCCACCUUCGAGGCAGGGGUCACCUCCCAGUUUGUCUCCAAGAAUGGUCCUGGGACUGUCGACAGCCAGGGGCAGAUCGAGUUUCUCCAGUGCUAUGCCACGUUGAAGACCAAGUCCCAAACUAAAUUCUACCUGGAAUUCCACUCGAGCUGUUUAGAGAGUUUUGUCAAGAGCCAGGAAGGAGAAAAUGAAGAGGGGAGUGAAGGGGAGCUGCUGGUGAGGUUUGGCGACACCCUUCCCAAGCUGAAGCCCAUUAUCUCUGACCCUGAGUACCUGCUGGACCAGCACAUCCUCAUCAGCAUUAAGUCCUCUGAUAGUGACGAGUCCUACGGUGAGGGCUGCAUUGCUCUUCGGUUGGAGGCCACAGAAACCCAGCUGCCCAUCCAUACCCCUCUCACCCACCAUGGAGAGAUGACAGGCCACUUCCAGGGGCAGAUUAAGCUGCAGACCUCCCAGGGCAAGAAGAGGGAGAAGCUCUACGACUUCGUGAAGACAGAGCGAGAUGAAUCCAGUGGGCCCAAGGGCUCGAAGAGCCUCACCAGCCAUGAGCUCGUGAAGCAGUGGGAGCCCGCCAGCAGGACCCCUCUGUGCAGUUCCUCCGGUGCCACUGAGCUCAUCAACCCCAACUACAUGGUGGGGCCCUUCGGGCAGUCCCUGCACAUGAAGCAGACCCUGUCCCCAGACCAGCAGCUGACCGCGUGGAGCUAUGACCAGCCACCCAAGGACUCCUCCCUGGGGUCUGGGAGGGGAGAAAGUCCCCCCACCCCUCCCUCCCAGCCACCUUUAUCACCAAAGAAGUUUUCACCCUCCAUAGCCCCCCGGGGGCCCUGCCUCAGGGCUCAGGAGUCCAGCUGCUGGCCCAGCGACCUGGGGAAGAUCCCGCCUGAAGCUCCUCCACCCGACGAGCCCGAGAUGUUCGAGAACCCUCUGUACGGGUCCGUGAGCUCCUUCCCCAAGCUGGUUCCCAGGAAGGAGCAAGAGUCCCCCAAGAUGCUGCGCAAGGAGCCUGCAGCCUGCCUGGACCCUGGGGUCUCAUCGCCCAGCAUCUUGCUCACCAAAGCCCAGGAGGCCGAGGGCGGCAAAGGGACAGGCAAGCAGGGCCCCCCGUCCUUCCUCAGCCCCGCGCCCCGGCUCCGCUCCUUUACCUAUUCAUCCUCUGCCGAGGGCAGGGCGGCCGGCGGGGACAAGAGCCAAGGGAAGCCCAAGGCCCCUCCCAGCUCCCAAGCCCCGGUGCCAGCCAAGAGGCCCAUCAAGCCUUCGAGGUCAGAAAUGAGCCAGCAGACGGCGCCCACCCCGGCCCCACGGCCACCCCUGCCCAUCAAGAGCCCUGCAGUGCUACAGCUGCAGCAGUCCAGGGGCCAAGACUACCGUGACAACUCGGAGCUCCCCCACCACGGCAAGCACCGGCCCGAGGAGGGGCUCAUCAGCAGGACUGCCAUGCAGUGAAGCCUGUGGGGUGCUGCUGGCGACGGGAACCCAAAGGAGCAGCAUGAUGCCGGAAGCCACUCACAGCUCUGGAAGCCUCUCCCAGGACCGUCUGCUGCUCCCACCUAGCUUCCUGGGCAGGGUUUUAUUGGGGGCGGGGGAGGGGCCUCACUCCCGUGUGGUGGAGGAGCCAGCCGGCUGCCCCCUGGGAGCUGUGCUGAGGUUUAAAGGAAAACUCAUACCAGGCUUGGUUCCCAUCUUGGUCUUGGUACUUGGAACCCCCGGACCUUGUUCUCGUCGCCCUUUGAAAGAAGGAAACUGAAGUGCCGACUCAAGGGUGGAAUUAUAAAUAAUAAUAAUAUUAAUAAUAAUAAUAAUGGACACAUGGGUGGAGUCCUCACCACGUGCUGUGCUAAGUGCUUUACGAACACAGUGUCAGGAUGACUCCAGGGUGGAGGCUCCAGCCAACUGGAACAGCUGCCCAGACCCUCCAGUUCAGAAUGGUGUGUCCUAAACGGUUUGGACAAAGCAUUAAGAAGGCCAGUGUCCCCCAGAGCAGAAAGGGGCUUGGCUGUAGGACCUGAAUGGCUAGCUUGGGUACAAGGAGCCAGAUCCUUUCCAGCUUCAGUGAUGUGAGCUGCUUCUGCAAACCAGGGGUCCAGCACAGUCCCCUGGGAGAGCAGGGCCUGGACAGUCAGCUCCAACUCUCCAGUUGGAGAGAUCAUGCCUCCACCUUGGCUGGAGAUGUCAAGGCCCCUGCCGAGUCCAGUGCCAAAUCCCUGCGCACUGCCUGAAGUGGACAGCCGCUGCCAGGCCUGGAUGAGGCUGAGCACCCCGACGCUUCUGUCUUGCUAAGGGACAAGUCUCCACUAUUGCUGGAGGCCAAGCUCUCCAGCCCAGCUGCCAGAGAGGGUGGGCCUCUUGGUUCCAGGCUCUCAAACUAGUGCAUCCUCUUCCCAAGCUCUGUGGCUUUUAGUCCCGUGUCCUUGGUUACUAGGAGAAUAGAUUGUUAAUGCCUUCCCUUGUGGCUUUUUGACAUAACAGAAUUAAUGUAGAAAACCAAAUCCAGAGUGUGUGCAAGAAUCCCUACAUGCCCCCAGGCGCCCACAGGCACCAGUCUGUGUGACCAAUAAAUUGUGCCUUUCUCUUCUUC